UAUGGAGGAACAAGAGGAGGAGGCUGAUGAAGAAAGUAGGGGGCGUGUACUUAACAGUCUCUCCCAUGUUGCGUAGCGUGGAAAUGUGACGUGCGUGGAGCAGCAGAGAGAGAAUGUAUGCAUGUUGUGUUUGUUGUGUGUAAGUGUAUGUGUGUGUGUGUGUGACAGCGACUUCCACACCGGAAAAGUGCCUCCGGCUUACCCCACUUUGGGCUCUUCGUUUCCAGCCAGGACCGGCUGACGACCCGGGGACUUCACCACCACCACCACCACGACCAGGUUCGGACUCCUGGAAGUAAAACAAAAGUCCCGUCAUUCGGGUUGUAAGCGAUGCACUGGCAGCAUGGCCAAGUGGUUCAAGGAGCACCUCGGAUUCAAAACUACCAAAGCACCUCCUCCGGCGCCCCCGAAACCGGACUACCGAUCCUGCCUCACCGGUGUGCCCGGUACGCCUGGCUUCCAAGCGGCCAUCUCCGGAGCUACUUUCCCCGCUCAGCCGGACAUUCUGGCCGCCUACAAACUACAGAAGGAGCUGGACUUCGAGGACCCGUACACUCCCGGGGGAACUAUAGCAUUCGGCUCCGGCAGCGUGACCGCCGUGGGGGCGCCGGAUAUCAAGUUCGUGUCGCCAAAGCACCGGCUUAUCAAGGUGGAAACGGUGGAAAAGAACAGCCCGGCUCCCGGCGGAGGUGUCACGGUCACUCAGGCUGUCGCCGUGGGGAGCGUGAAAUCCCCCACGUCGCCCCCUACGGAGCAAGACAACAAGGAGAAGCUCAUUAUCUUGGAAGACUACGCCGACCCUUUUGACGCUGAGCAGGCCGGCGGAAUGCAGACCACCACGGAGAAAGUAACGACGGAGAACGACGGCUACAUGGAGCCGUAUGAGGCCCAGAAGAUGAUGGCAGAAAUCCGAUCCAACAGCCGAGGCCCUAAAGACAGCGCCUCAAAGCAGCUGCCCCUCUAUGACACUCCGUACGAGCCGGCUGAGAACGGCGGAGACUCCGACCCCGAACGCUCACGAUGCCCCCGAGAGAGCCGACUGCCCCAGGAUGAUGAGCGACCCCCUGAAGAGUACGACCAGCCCUGGGAGUGGAAGAAGGAGAGGAUUUCCAAAGCCUUUGCAGUAGAGAUUAAAGUGAUCAAGGACCUUCCGUGGCCCCCUCCGGUGGGGCAGCUCAACACCAGCCCUCCCCCAGUGGUGGUGGAGGAGGAGCUGGAGUCGCCCUCCCAGACGGCUGAGCCCUCGCCCGGACAGCCAGCCAGUGAGCAGCACCACCAGGUUCAGUUCGACGGUGUGGAAAAGUCCCGAAUGUCGCCCACCAAGGACGGGAAAAGUCGCCCGCUGCAGCGGCACUCCAGCGGCUGCUUGGUGAACACUAAAAUGACGUCGGCGGACCAGUCCAGCUCCUCAUCCACCGGGGAACGUAUCGAUCCCAGCAUGCCUUUGGAGAGCCAGUUCUGGUACCAUGGUGCCAUCAGCCGGACGGAUGCGGAAUGCCUGUUAAGGCUGUGCAAGGAGGCCAGCUACCUGGUUAGGAACAGCGAAACGGGCAAGAACGACUACUCACUCUCGCUCAAGAGCAGCCAGGGCUUCAUGCACAUGAAGCUGUCCAGGACCAAGGAGAACAAAUACGUCUUGGGCCAGAACAGCUGCCCGUUCGACAGCGUUCCCGAUAUAAUCCAUUUCUACUCCAGUCGCAAGCUGCCCAUCAAGGGGGCCGAGCACAUGUCCCUGCUGUACCCCGUCGCCAUCAGGACACUAUAGUGCCAUUGGUCUUUUGACUCCAUCCCCCCCUCGCUCCCAAAGAACCCACUUUUUGGGCUCCCAAACUGCUGAUUCCGACUCACCUCACUGGCCGACAGAUGUCGACUUUUGCAGAAUUAUUUUAUUUUAUUUAUGAUAGGCACCUGCUUCAUGGCUUCAGACUUUUUCGGCAUUGAACCUCCACAUUUAUGAGGACUUCAUCAUGAAGAGCUUUGGUUUUCCAGAUACUUUAUAAGCUUGCAAAAGGGAGAUGUUAGGGAAGCCUCUAGAGGAUGUGUGGGGGAGUACUGUCGAGUCCUGACAUGAUCUCUACGCUGAUAUCUCUUUCUUGUCAGAGUCCAUACUGACCGCCAUCCGUCACCGAGGGAGGGCGUGUCACGCCAAUGACAGCAUAAGUGGCGAGAUGGGCCGAAGCGAGUCACGAUGGAUGAAUGGAUGGAUGGACCAACCCAUCCGGUAUCAUACAAUCGGCUAGGCUGGAAAUAGACCAAACCACCACCCCACACUUUUAACCCCCGUCCCCACCCAAGACCGCCUUUAGCAUCGGGAGAAAUGAAACGCCUGCAUUGUCUACCUCAGAAAAUCAAUGUCAUUCUGUCUGCGGAUCAAUAGGUACAAUGGGAUGGCCCGCAUCCAUCUACUCUCCCCUCGACAUUCCCAAUUUCCUCAAAGUCACAUCAGUCAUUUUGGAUUUCUUUAAAAAAAAAAAAACAAUUUAAGGCUGCCUUUAGAGUGUUUUAGUCACAAUGCUGUGUGAUGUCAGUAGCCUUAUAAUGCAUGGGUCAGUCAGAUCAGCUGGUGUUCAAUUCUCCUUUUAAACGAUCGUUCCUUGACUGUAAUUUAUUGGGGGUUAAUUAGUGGCCGCUCCCUUUUCCGCCCUUGUUGUGAUUCCCUGGGACGAUGCUUCUACUAUGUGGUGCUCUACGUGUUUUUUUUUUUUUUUUCCCCUUGUCUGCUUGUCAAGCCUUGGCAUUUUGUUGCUGACCAAUCACAAUGCAGCCUGUUGGAACCUGACUCUUCAUCACCACUAUAUGUGCCCAACAUAUUGUGACCACUGCAAGACUUAACAAAAAAAAAAAAUAGAGUGACAGACCCGCAAUGAACCUCUUCAGAACACCAGUUCUUGCUUUUGCUCACCAAGCACGCUUCAUUCACAAUGGGAAAUAUUGGUUAUUUACAGUCGGUUAUGUAAGCUAAUCGAUCUGUUCCAGAGGUUAAACCUCGUGAAAACGGUAUAACGCAAAAAACACAAAAAGCCAAGCAUAAACAUUCAAGGUUCAUCAUCGACAAAACCCGUAAGUCACUAACUAGAAAUUGCUAAAAAAUAGACAAACAUACAUUAGUAUCUUACAAUUGUGAUUAAUCGAUUAUUCAAUUAAUCGAGGACUAUUUUGGUAUUUGAUUAAUCAUUUUUUGAUUUAAAAAUGUAAAUAUCCUCUGAUUUCAGCCUCUUAAAUGUGAAUAUAUUUUAAUUUUCCUUAGUCAUUCAUGAAGAAAUGUCUUAUAUUUGUGAGGCAAAACAAGAUAUUCACACAUCAGCUUUAGCUAAAAAAAAAAAAAACAACAUUAGUGGCAUUUUUGCCUUUCAGGGUGGGGUUUGCCCCCCCCCCCCCAGGGUCGAACCGUUUACUUGAUUAAUUGACUAAAAAAAUAAUGGUUAGCUGUAGCGUACCUAACGUAUAGUCACAGGACAAACCAGGAAAUAAUCUGGCCACCAGGAAGUAGCUAACUGUUCAACUACGAAACAUACCUGUCAACUCCUGUAUUUUAUUUACCGUUUUCUCCCAAUGGCAUUGACAAAUGCGAACAGGUAUGCUAGGAAGUAGCCUGCUAACAAAUUAACAAACCAGGAAGUAGAUGCUAAUAGAUGCCAGAACUUUACACAUUCACUUCCAAAGCAACCAACCAGGAAGUAACCCGCUAACAAAUUAACAAACCAGGAAGUAGAUGCUAAUAGAAGCCAGAACUUUACACAUUCACUUCCAAAGCAACCAAUCAGGAAGUAACCCGCUAACAAAUUAACAAACCAGGAAGUAGCUCAGUCGCUAAAUAUGGUCUACUGACUUGUUAGCUUUGAAUUCCUUUCGCAAGUGAUUAUCUCGUACCUAACGUAUAGUCACAGGACAAACCAGGAAAUAAUCUGGUCACCAGGAAGUAGCUAACUGUUCAACUACGAAACAUACCUGUCAACUCCUGUAUUUUAUUUACCGUUUUCUCCCAAUGGCAUUGACAAAUGCUAACAGGUAUGCUAGGAAGUAGCCUGCUAACACACCAGGAAGUAGCCCGCUAACAAAUGAACAAACCAGGAAGUAGCUGCUAAUAGAAGCAAGAACUUUACACAUUCACUUCCAAAGCAACCAACCAGGAAGUAACCCACUAACAAAUUAACAAAACCAGGAAGUAGCUCAUUCGCUAAAUAUAGUUACCUUACUUGUUAGCUUUGAAUUCCUUUCGCAAGUGAUUAUCUCGUACCUAAUGUAAAGUCACAGGACAAACCAGGAAAUAAUCUGGUCACCAGGAAGUAGCUAACUGUUCAACUACGAAACAUACCUGUCAACUCCUGUAUUUUAUUUACCGUUUUCCCCCAAUGGCAUUGACGAAUGCUAACAGGUAUGCUAGGAGGUAGCCUGCUAACCAGGAAGUAGCUGCUCAUAGAAGCAAGAACUUUACACAUUCACUUCCAAAGCAACCAACCAGGAAGUAACCCGCUAACAAAUUAACAAACCAGGAAGUAGCUCAGUCGCUAAAUAUGGUUUACUGACUUGUUAGCUUUGAAUUCCCUUCGAAGGUAAUUCUCUUGUGCGACAUUAGCUUCACUUUAAAAGCAGAACUUCUAAAAAAUGUUACAUCUUAAUGUAGAAACUGUAAAAAUACAUUGAAUCGAGUCGCUUGGUGAGCAAAUCCAAGAUAAACAAUGAAGCUUCAUUAGCUAGCGAGUGUUAGCUACUGUUAGCUGUAUGGCAUGAUUGGUGUUCAAUAUGGUACCAAACAGUUAGCAAACGUAGGACGUCACUGCAGCUGGACUAUGAACCAGUGGCUUAAACGGAAGUGGACCUAUAGGAGAGAUGACAAAGAUGUUUGAAUGUUGUAGUCGGAAUCAGCUGGUUUAUUUUUGGAAUCACUGCUGCUGACGAGUGUUAUUGUACUUUAGCUAGGAGAGGCCUUAGCUUUGGAGGUGUUCCGAAAAGGAGGAAUAAAUACGACUGCAAUCAGCGGACACACUCUUCACAUUCGUUUGUCAUACGAGCAUCUCUGUCAGAAGUGUCUUAAAUUGUGUGUGUGUGUGUGUGUGAGUGUGUGCGUGGCGUCCCCUCAUGGCCAAAUGUAUAUACUGAAUGUAUCCUAACGGGGAGACAUCGCCACCGCUAAAUGAAUAAAUAAAUAAAUAAAUAAAUAAAAAGAAAUGGGGCUUAUUGCAACUUAAACGUGACGGUUGUGAUGCUUUGAGAAGGGGUUGCCAGUUGCCAUGGCGACGCCUUCGUAAAUGAGGGUCGGUACAUUGUUUGAAGGACGCCGCCGAUGCAGAUGCUGUUGCUAGCGAAGCUGUUAUCAAAGCUAAGGAGUUGUGUAUUGAUCCACUUUGAAACGCGAGAGUGGGCGUCACUCAUCACACACACACACACAUACACAAUCAAUUCCACUGUCAAAAUGGCUGACCGCUUACAAAAAAGGUAAGUGCGAACAGUGAGAAAAGAGUUUGAUGUAGCACCCCUAUGUCAAAGAUGACAUCACAACUACAAGGCGAUCCAUGACAAUAAAAAACAUAAACACUUAAUAACUCAAUAUUAAGCUACAUAUGCAGAGAUAUUUUUAAAAUUGUGUGAUUUUUGUCAAAAUAUUUACUCCCGUAUUUUUGUAUUUUUUGCUCACUUAUUCUUCUGAAUAAUUUUGUAUUAUUAUUAUUUAUUCCAACAUACACACAAAUACAGUGUUGCCUCGGUUAACAUCCGCCCCGGUUAGCAUGUUUUUUGGUUAACAUCCAAAAUGUUUGCUAAAAUUUAGCUUUGGAUUAAAAAAUACUGCAAGAUAUUUUGCUGAAUGCUCGGCCAACUAUCUGCGUUGAGGGGAAAAACAAAAAAAAAACAACAAUAACAUCCAGCUUCAAUACAUAGCAUCACAUUUGUAGCACUCCCAGGGCUUGUUCCUAUCGUAUCCUACCUUCAUAGCACCACUAAACUGGUGCCUAAAUGUCAUUUAUUACUGCCUCACAAUAUUAAGCUAAAUAUGCAGAAAUAUUUUUAAAAUUGUGUGAUUUUUGUCAAAAUAUUUACUCCCGUAUUUUUGUAUUUUUUUGCUCACUUAUUCUUCUAAAUGAUUUUGUAUUAUUAUUAUUUAUUCCUACUACAACACACACACAAAUGCAGUGUUGCCUUGGUUAACAUCCGCCCUGGUUAGCAUGUUUUUUGGUUAACACCCAAAAUGUUUGCUAAAAUUUAGCUUUGGAUUAAAAAAUACUGUCAAUUUUUUAUUUUUUUUUAUGGCAUAUAUACAUGCGUACAUAUCUAUUCCGGUAUCAACCUGGCGGGGCAUCGAGGGUGUCACUUGAGGGCGUCGAUCGUGCGGGA